AUGUUAAAAAAUAGACCAAUUCUUUGUACGGAGGAGCCUCCUGAUGAAGAUCUGUUAUUUAUACAGCCGUAUCAGGUUGAAUAAGAAGUCCCAAAUGUGAGUGUAAGUAUAAGUGAAGCAAGUGAAAGCAAGGAUGAUUCAAAAAGAGUUUUUGAAAUACCUUAGGUUUUGAUUGAACAUCAUGAAUAAGAAAAGUUAAAGUAACAAGAAUUCAUGAGAAGAUCAGAACCUAAGAAAGGUUUUGCCAAAUUGGUUCAACUCUUACACAUCAGAUAAUUUAUCCAUUAAAUUCUUGCCAAAAGAAGAUUGAUCUCAAAAAUCACUAAAUAUCAUUUGUAAGUGAUUAAUGAUAAAGCAUCCUCUCUAGAUGAUGUUGGCUUUAGAAAAUUCGCUAUUAAAAUUAAACCAUUGAUUUAAAGCUUGCAAGAAAACACCUAAGCUCAAUUAGGGAAUCAAAGGUAAAGAAUUAAAGUUAUAUUAAUUUAGAAGUAAGUAGUUUCUCAUGUAGAGAACAAAAAUAUUUAUAGGAAGCUAAGUGUAGAGAUUUUACAAUCUAAUCCAAAAAAUUCCAUUAAUCAAACCAGACUCAAAGCUGAAAGUGGUUUGGGACAGUAUUCUAUUUAUUUGCAGAUUCUAUUUGCUAUUUACAAUCCCAAUAGAUUUAGCUUGGCCAUCUAUUUAAUUUUUAUUUAGUGCUUUAGAAGUUCCAACAGUAAUUUGUAUAACUCUUUUGAUAAUGGACUUUUUUGUAUGUUUAUUCCAAUCAUAUUAUCACCAAGGACAGUUGGUAACGGAUAGGAUGAUAAGGCAUAUGGCUUUGAAUUGAUAGCCAACAUUUUACUUAUUGUGUUUUACAAUAUCUCCAAUUAAUAUGACUACGGAUUUAAUGUGUUUGACAAUCCUUAUUACCUAUUUCUAUUUCUCUAAUUUGUUCAAUAUAAUAAUAUCACCUAACUAAGAUAACAACUAGAAGAUGCAUUGAAUUUAUCAAGGGAAGCAGCCUCCUUAAUGGAACUUUCAAAAUUGUUUGUUUUGCUAUUUUUCGUUAUACAUGUAUUUGCUUGUUUAUGGUUUUGGGUUGGACUUUACAGCGAAACGUACUUGGGUAGUAGUUGGCUGGAGGCUAAGCAGGUUUUAGAUAAAUCUUUUGCUGAUCAAUACUUGUACUCAUUUUAUUAUUCAACAGUAACCAUGUUCACAGUAGGAUAUGGUGAUAUAACUCCAUAAACUAAUCCAGAAAUGAUAGUUUCAAUUAUAUUUAUGUCUGUUUGCAGUGUUUAGUUAUCUUACAGUGUUAGCACAGUCAGCUCUAUUAUUGAAUAGAUAAGUGGAUUCAAAAAGGAGAAAAAAAGAAAGUUUAACAUUAUCAAUAAUUAUAUGCAACAAAAGAAUAUUAGUUAUGAAUUGCAAUUUUAGAUAAGAGAGUAUUUAAAUUAUUUUUGGGCAAUGAAAAGAAAUGAAGAAUCAAAUGAGGAGAAAGAAAUCAUUGAUGAAUUGUCAAGUAGACUAAAAUAGAGAUUGAUAUUUGAAGCCAAUUCAAGGAUUCUUUACAAUAGUCCUUUUUUUAAGAAGAAUUUUUCAUUAAAUUUUAAAAAAGAUUUGGUAAGUAAAAUCACUUCAAUCUCAAUUGCACCAGAGAAUGUUCUUGAUUAUACUAAAUAAUCACAGGAUGAGCAUAGUCUAUCGAUAUUUUUCAUAGAGCAGGGGUAGAUUGAAGUUUUUAUAGAAAAUGAGCAAUUGAGUGAAUUAUCAAGAGUUUAUAAAUUAAAAGAAGGCGAAAGUUUCGGAUUCGUAAGUUUCAUAACAGGGAAUCCUAGUGUUGAAAAGUAUAAGACUAUUGGAUUUACAAAACUAUUAAUAAUAACAAGGAAAGACUUUUUGGAUGUGAUAAAGGAUUAUCCUGACGACUAUGAAAUGUUCUAUACUUUUUUUGAAGAACUCACAUUUAAUAGUGAAAGCGAAUUGCUUACUAUGGAAUGUUUCUCUUGUAAAUCAAAAACUCAUAAAGCAAUCUCAUGUCCCCUUCUUCAUUUUAAGCCAGAUCGGGAGAAGAUUAUAAAAUCAGCCUAAUUUAGUAGAGAAUAAUAAAGAGAUAAUACAAAGAAACGAAAGGAUAUAUGCUACAUUAAGGCUAUUCUAGGUUAAAGUAUUUUAGACGAUGUGGCUAAGCAAGUCUAAUCAGAUAAUCAGCAAUUAACAUAUCUAUAUGAAGAACUUGAUGAAGACAAAUCAGCCACCCCGAAAGUCUAGUUUGUUGAUAAUUCAGAUGAAAAAUCUCACUUUAGAAACAACAACCAUGAUUCAAAAAUAUAAGUGUUUGAUUUUAAGGAGGAAUCCUUAAAGCCUCAGAAUCAAUAGAAGAAAUAGUUUUUAAGGAAAAAGUAGACAUUACAAGAUAUUGGGGAUAUUAUGUAGAACAAUAAAAAGUUGAAGGAAACUAAAGAAAAGUUUAGGUCUAUUGUUAAGAAGGUUAAUCUUAUGAAUGACUUUUUCGAAAAACAAGUUGAAGAUUCUUAACAAAAACUACUUUACUAAUACAGAGACUAUUUGAAAAUUAUCUAAUAUCGAAAAGCCAGGAUAUAGCACGUUAAAAAUAUAUACUCGAAUAAAACAAUUCAUGAAUUAGAAUUUUUUGAACUCAAACUAAAAAUGCUCCUAUAAACAGAAUUUGACACACUUCUAGAAGUAUAGAAAUCCUAUAAAUAUUUCAAACCAAGGGAUAACAUUUAUUAAGUCUUAAGCAGAACAAAAAUAUCGAUGUUAUCAAGUACUAAUGAAGUGCAGAUGUUUUUUUAGGAAAAGUCUUAGCAAUUAAUAAAGUAUCUAUUUUAUCCACAUUUAUAUAUCCAAAAAUAUCUAUACAAAUAUAAGAAGUUAGAUUAGGUGGGAGAAAUUAAGAAAACAUAAUUAUUUAAAAGAAACAAUAGAAUAUCUCUGGCAUUCAUUAUGUAAUAACAUUCGUCAAUUAAAAAACCUUGA